AUGCCGACGACCAUUCUAGACUGCUUUGAGGGUGAAUGCCCUAAGUACCCGGGAACUUAUCGCACCUUCACUGCGACUGCUUCCUCAGAGGGAACGAAGCUACAGCCGCCCCCGAACGUUCUUGUCGAAACCGCUCUUGACUACUGGCUACAGUGCGCCAACAAGUUCCUACAAGAAGAACAACUAAAGGGCACUAACUCAAAGUUGGCUCAAGACUACAUUGCUAGUGACGAACCCACUAUGGCGAAGCUCGACGUCGAGGAAGACGUUGUUCGCGUGUCGACCUUGUACAUUACGCAUCCUAUCCAAAACGCUAUCAAUGCGAGAUACCAGGCGCCCAUCACAAUAGCCACGGAAGUCAGGGUUAGUAGAUUCCGCUACGAUCUCUCCUUCAACAUCAAGCAGGACACGGACCAGAAACAGCCCAUCAUGGUCAUCGAGUACAAGCGCGUCGGUAUGAUCGAUUACGCAGACUUUGAUGUGGCAGUUGAAGAGAAAAACAAGCAGCGUGCUCUUUCGAAAUUGAACGCGCAUGGCGGUCAAUCCGUGCUUAUGGCGAACGCUAAUGGCUUCAUCUUGUGCAAGCAGGCGGCUGCGUACGCCAAAUCUACGAAAUGCAACUUUGUAGCGCUAUGCGAUUACGACAAAUUGGUUUUGCUGGAGUUUGAGAGUUCCGACUUCGCACGUGUUACUACGAUCCCACGACAGCACAUUCGCAAGGCACUUCUUGGUUUCUGUCUCAAAGCCUGCGAACAAGCUCAGCUGCAGCGAAAGUGA